ACAUAGGGAUGAUGUCACAAUAAAAACCACUUUGUGCAGACAGCUCCAGGUGAAAACCACGUGACCUGGGGAGAUCAAUAAUCUUUGAUUGACAGGGUUGUUGGUUCUUCGGCACAAUCGUCCUGUCACUUAGUCAAGUCUGACGGAUCAGACGGAUUAAAACUUUAGUGUUUAUUGUUUGAGAUCUGUCAUUUCUAAUGGUGAGGAAAAAGUCAGUCUUGGGACAUCAAUUCCCUAGUCCCAGAAUGGAUACUUUGGUGUUGGUUCUCGUGGUCCUGCUUGGAAAUCAAAUGGUUUCAGGACAAGAUGUCUCUAAAGCCAUCGAAUGUUUUUCUUCUUUGAACACUGCUCUACGUCUUUAUACAGACCAGGUAAAUUCCGUUGCUUGCAGAUUCCCAUCAAAGAUUCGGAACAAGUUCGUCCCUCCGUCUGUCCAUGACGUCUUGAGUGGGAAAACGUUCACAGACGUCUCCGGCUACCUCACCCAAGGAUGUGACUCGACGGGUAAUGGGACUGUCUCUCAAGAGGAGAUCAGUGAGUUAAUGGGGGUUCAAACUGACUUGAACAGCUGGAUUGUGGUCACCUUACUCGAUACAGCCAUGAACUGUACCAAGGAUGCUGGUCUUGAGGAGGACACAGGCAUAAGGACACUGAGGAUGGUGUAUUCCAGGUUCUUUGAGAUGUUGAAUAACACGAUUAAGGAUGUCACCAAUAAAACAUCUGGUGGUGCCACCUGCGAUGACGACAGUGAGUGUGGGAAAGGCAUGUGUGACCUAGUCGUGUGUGUCUGCGAAGAUGACGACUACACCGGCAAACGUUGCAACAUCAAGAAGCCCACCGACCCAGAAAUGGGCAAGCAACCUCUGACAGAAACUGAAGCCGCGGUUGUUGAUGGGUGCAUUACUGAUGUGAAAAACACCAUCCAAAAUCAGCUGACAAUCAUCAACCCGAUCAUCUGCAACUUCCAACUUAAACUUCGAGGUGAGAUGCAGCACAGUGCACUCAGACUUCCAGAAAGCAGAGAGGCUGCUUCUGAAGAUUUCCGCGCUGCCACGAAUAGAAGUUGUGAGGAGGUCACGACGGCCGACACCCUUGGUGAAGCCAAAACCAAGAUAACUGCCGUGGCCGAUGCCCUCAAGAACGAAUUCUUUAUUGCACUGGAGAGUGCUAAGGUAUGCAUAGAGACAAGUGAUGCUUUUGAAGAUCCAGUUGAUGUUGCGAAAGGAAUGAAGAAAUUUGUGUCUCGUCUCGUCUUCCGGAUACACGACCUUGCUGAUGAACUAUCUGAGAAUGUCCAAGGAGGCUACUGUAGAAUGGACGCAGACUGCGGUGCUGGACAGUGCAAUGCCAACAACAUGUGCAUGUGCAGUACUGACACCUGGGGGAGGCGCUGCCACAAUGGGACAUCUGACGUUUACGCGAUGUGUGACAAGUGUUACAAUGGUGGCUCCUGUGUCUUCAAGAACGGAACCUUCAGUAGUUGCAUGUGUUCGUAUCCCUGGACUGGUGCCACGUGCAACGUGUAUAAGCAGAGUCUAGAAAAUUGCACCACAUGUCUUAAUGGAGGAUCGUGUCUGCCUGAUUCCCAAAGCUGUCACUGCGCGCCGGGGUUUGUUGGACGUUACUGUGAAUUGAAUAUAGCUGAAACAUUUUCAAGCCUGGCAUCAGCUGAUAUUAGGACUGUGGACACAUGCUUGCAGUCAUUCAGAGAUGAGGUUCAGGAACAGGUGACCAUCAUGAACGACAUCUUCUGUCAGUCAUCACACAUUGGACGCAGGGCAAAGACGUUCAGGAUCCCCCGUGUCCACGACAUCGUGUCAGCGCUGACAACAGGGAUGAAGAUGCACGAGCUACUCAUGAAGGCCUGUGUCAAUAACAGCGUCGCAUUUACCCCUGCAGAGGUGAAAACUAAAUUGGCCGGAGCACUACAGGCCCUGAACGCUAGUCUACAUUCCAAGACGUUCUCCAUGGCUGUGAAAUGUAUGAACGAUUCUUUGAGUGAGAAGAAGGUCGUGAUGAUCCUGAGGCAGUUAUAUUCAGACAUCCUCAACAACACCAUAGGAGCAGGACGAGCCUUCGGAAGUCACAAACCGGGAAUGUGCCCAGCUGUGACGACGACGACAGUUGGCGUAUGUGCCAUCGAGUGCGCCGGGGACAACGACUGCCCAUUUGAUCACAAGUGCUGCACCAACGGCUGCGGACAAGUGUGUCUUCCUCCUACCACAGGGGAAUCAUCAAUGAAUCUUAGCAUAGAAUACAAACAGAAAAUCAGUGGCUGCUUGCAAGAUUUUAAUAAACGUCUUCAAGGAAUAUUGAGUAGCGUUAACAAAGUCCUGUGUCAGAUGGGCAAGGAGUAUUCCCCGACACAUAGGUCAGCAAUGAAGAUCAUCAGCGAUGUCUCGUCCCCAUCUAUGGAUUCCAUGACGACAAGCUGUAUGCAUAUUACCGAGACCAACUACACACGUGCUGAAAUUAUGACGAUUUUGACCGAGGCUGCAGCCGAACUGUCAAGUGAUGACUACCUGGACGAACUUAUUAAGGCCAAGGCUUGUGUAGUGGCCGAGCUGCCUGCAACGCUGGGGAAUAUUUCCACAUCGUUCGAUCACUUGUACGGGGCAGUUUCAGGAACUGUGAAUAUGAUUUUAACCGCAGGCCCGUGUAUGUGGAUGCCUUGCAAACACCUUGGUUCGUGUGUUCCCCAGGGCGCCGACUACAUGUGCUCCUGUUCUGCCUUAUACACAGGCAAGGACUGUGACACCCCGUUCGAUGAUCCGAAUUUGCCAUCCGACUUGACACUUGAAGAAAAGGACGCAAUCAAAACAUGCAUUGAUAUGCACGAGAAGAACCUGACAGAUGUACCGGAUAAUGGCAAUCUACGUAAAAAGGUGAAAUGUGCAGCUUUGCAGUAUCUAACACCAUUCAAAGGGUCUUGGUUGAGGAAACCCACCUUGAACGACAUCUACAACGAAGCAUCCAACUCGACAUCUGACAGAAAUACUCUCACGUUAAGGGACUGCAGUAGGAUGGGAUAUGUAGAGACCACAGAUGGCUCCUUCAAGAAAGAGGUGAUGGAGGGUGUGCGGGCCUUGUUUACAUACCUGAACAGCAGCGAGGGACAGACAGACUUGAAUAAAGGAGUGGAUUGUCUCAUGAACGUGCUGAAGGAUUCGGGCAGAAGUGAUGACGAGAACGCAGCGAUGCAGGGUCGCAUGAGAGCCCUCUAUGAUGACUUCUCUGCUUCUGUCAAGGCAGAUGUGGGACCUUACAUGAAUGGCACAGGUCCUUCUGGCUCUUGUUUAUCACACCCAUGCCAAAAUGGCGGCUCGUGUAUCAGUCCUACGUCUGAAAAUGACUUCAUUUGCGUAUGCAAAACUGGCUUCAAGGGAGAUAACUGUGAAUAUGUUGAUGAAGGUGAAGACGAAGCAUGGGAAGCCUGUAAGGACAAGUUCGAGUCUGUCUUGGAGUCCGCACGUAAAUGGGCAACUGACAUCAGCUGCUAUGCAAACCGUGUUCCUAGCGUCUUGGAGCUCCUGAAGCAGCGUCCUUUAGUGAAGAUGCUCCGUGGCAACACCUUGGCAUGUACAGACACAGCUUACGGAGACACAGACGCAGAGUCUAAGAUUAAGGACAUUCUGGAUGCAGCCUUCAGGUUUGUGAAGCAGAAACUGGGGGACGAGCACAGAAAUUUCACAGAGUGCGCUGAUCGACGCAAACAGGAGGAUGAACUCGUCAAACAGAGCGGAACGUACGUUUCCAACAUAAGACAGACCAUUGUAGGACUUGCCACUGCCCUGACACCUGAUAUAGAGCAGCAACAGUGCAAAGAUGACUUUAAGCAUCUGAUGGAACAAGCACAGAGGCGUGUACUACACAUAGUCUGUAGUCUGCAGAACCUGGACUCCUUGAAGGACCUCGUUAGCAAGCAUAGUCUUCAGCACCUGCUCCAGCACCCGUCAUCCGCCCCUGACUGUUCCAAGAUGGCCACAUCAGCAUCAGUCAAGGCAAAUGAUGUCAUGGUUGCUAAGGAGAUGGUGAAGAAGGCUGAUAGGUUCGGGAUGGUGAACCUGACUAUGGGAUAUGAAACACUGAAGAGUUGUGUGGAAGGACAGGCUGGAACUGCUGGUUCAACGGAUGGGUUUGUUGCCAGCAGCCGGGCACAGCUGGUGAACAUGACCAAAACACUUGCAGCUCUCAGGGAGGAAAUGAUACCAGGUCCAUGCCAGUCUUCUCCCUGCAUGAACAGCGGUGAAUGUAAGAAUGUGGACGAGUCGUAUGUGUGCCGUUGUCCAGAGGGUACGACCGGCAAAGACUGCGAAAUAAACUUGUAUCUGGAACAGCUCGGCCAAUGCAAUUCUACAUUUAACUCAAGAUUACAGCGCGGAAGGGAGCUGGCAAUGAGACUAGUGUGUGCUGCCAAGAAACAGGACGAUCUUGCACAAAAGGUGGAACAAGUCAAGCUCCUUGCAGCGCUGGGACACGUCAGCAUGCCACUUGCCUGCGCAGCGACAGAUGUCCCCACGGAUGUGGAGGACUUUGCCAAGAGGACGCUGGCUGAGACACUGUCCUAUGUCGGGAGGACUCUUGUGCCCAGCGUCCGGAACCUGGUCACGUGUGCCACUCCCGUCAUCACAAAGGGAGGGCUUUCUGAUGACAUUGUUAAAAAUCAUAGGAAAACCGUAAAUGACAUGAAAACCGCCUUGGAAGACCUGAAGAAACUGCUGACGCCUGGUCCCUGCUCAUCCAACCCCUGCGAGAACGGGGGCACCUGCACAAACGGCCGUAAAGGAGACACAUUCGUGUGCGAGUGUACCAGACUGUAUGGUGGAGACACGUGUCAGAUCAGCACGUGUUCCGGGACAACCAACGCGUGUGGGUUUUGUGUGGGAGCGUCGACUGGAGUUCCUGAAAACAAAGGUAUCAACAAAUGCGGUGGCUGCGUCGGUGACCCCGACGCAAAAAAACCGGACUGCAACGGCGUGUGCGGGGGAUCUGCCGUUAGACAUGCCAUCUGUGGGGGCUGUUACGACGGAGACACCGGUAAAACUGAGGCUGACGUCUUCGACUGCGACAGGUGCGUGGACAACGUCCCCGUGCGAGACUGUGCCGGCCAGUGCAUACAGAGAGGUGUUCGGGGUGCCUCCCGGAACAAGUGUGGGCUGUGUGUCGGUGGCCAGUCGGGAAAGCUGCGGACCGCCGGGAUGGACGUCUGCGGCGUGUGUGACGGAGAUGGCUCCACCUGUAACGACUGUGCCGGCGUCCCGAAGGGCCCUUCCCAGUUGGAUUCCUGUGGUGUCUGUGACGGCAACAACGACUGCAUGAGAGUGAAGAGCGUCGUGCCCCACAUCGUGAUGCUGGGAAGUACAGAGUCGCUGGCUGUUGAAGGGGUUGGGUUUACUGGAGCCAGCUCCGAACUCCUGGUGAGAAGCAGCCCGACUGACGCAGGCAUGGCCCUGACUGUAGUGGAGAGGAAGGGCGAUACAGUCAUGGCGGCUGUCCCCCCUGGCCUCGCCGCAGGAACCUACAGCAUCCACUUCCGGGACACCGUCAGUUCUCUCUGGUCUGGCUCCGACGCCUCUCUACACGUACUGGAUCCUGAUGCCACUGUGAUUCAAGCAGCAUCUCCAACUAGCUUCACUCUUGAGAAGCAAGGAAAGACUGAGAUCACUCUGACUGGGACUGGGUUCCCACCUGUCCCCCUGUACUGCCUGUAUCGAGCGGCGGGAGCCACAUACACGAAGCUGUCUAAAGCAGAAGGUACAGGCAACUCGAGGCGGUGCGUCAUCCUCCACCCCCUCCGGGGAGGGGAGGUCACCAUCUCUCUGUCAGUGGACGUCGACACCAGUCUGGGGACGUCAGUGACAGUCGCCGUCAACGCACCAGCCCCCGUGUGCAAAGUUGGUUACAACAAACGAGGUGAUGGGAUUUGUCUAUCGUGCAAUGUGCCCAUCUCCACCUCCGACAUCACAUCAGCAGCGGACAUCUUUGAUGACGUCACAGCUCUCGGAGCAUCAGUGGAGAUGAAACCUCCAGCCAAUCCUGCCAAGCUGAUCUGCUUCUACGAUGUCGACCUGACCGCUGCAGGCGCCGUGUUAACACUAAAAGACGGAGCUGUUGUCGCUGCUGGUGAUAAUGGUGUCCCCGCGUCUGGCAGUCUCAGCAUCUCUGCUGCGUCGGACCCCCCGAAGCCGGACGCUGAGAUGGAGGGACCGUCGUCUGUGGGGUCCUGCAGCGAUAUAUACCUGUACCACGCCCACCCAGGACAAGGCAGGAGGGGUCGCCCUCUCACCUACACACAGACCGUGGAACCAAGUGAUGGGAUUGUCAUCGAUGGUUCCGGCACAAGCAUCAUACAGCUCCUCAACACCCAGCCCGGCCAGGACUACGUCGUGACCCAGAUAGUCUGCAACCAGGCCAGCCACUGCAGCUCGGCCGUCCGCGUCAUCACCAAGAAGUCCAACCCAGCCCCACUACUGGAUAUCAAGAUCGACAUAGACCCAAGGAAUGUCUACCGGACUUCCAAAUUCACAAUGAGUGUUGGCAUCAAGCUGGCAACAUGUUCUCCAAAAGUUAACCAGGUGAUCCAGUGGUCGUCCACCAACACGGCUGUGACACUGAACACUGCGAAUAGGACCCGGUACUUCGUCAACCCCUUUGACCUUCCAGUGGGAGAAGUAACGUUCUUUGUGACCGUGGAAUCAGCUAAUGACGCCGAUGUCUCCGCCACAGCCUCCAUCACACUGAACGUCGUGCAGUCUGAUCUUGAAGCUCAAAUCAAGGGCAGUAGGCUAAGGAGUGUUGGCACCUUCACUGACCGACUGGUGCUUGAGGGGGAAGCCAGGGACCCUGAUGAUCCGACCUCCGAAGAAGGGGAGAUAACCCGGACAUGGACAUGUGUACUUUCAGAGGAACCAAGCAGGCUGUGCAAUGGAAUGUCAGGCCAAGUGGAGCAGGAUUUACUCACUCUGAGCCCAGCAGCGUUCGCGACUGACGGCAAGUGCGUCUUCACCUACACCGCCACAAAGGGCAUCGGCGAGAGUCGGAGAACAGCCAGGCAGUCUGUCACAGUCGAGUUUAUACAGGGCGACAUCUGUGAUGUAAAGAUGAUCACAGACAAGACCCUGUAUUCCGCAUCAGAAGCCAUACUAGUAGUUGCACGGUGUCAAACCACAGAACCAGUCGUCUUUCAGUGGUCCAGCUCAGCUGAUGAGGAUGGUUUCGACUAUAUCGCGCUGAGUGCUGACACAGCCGUUAUGAGUGGAUCUGGUUUAUCAGAAAAUAACCAGUUCUACCAAAGCAGUUUGCUGAUAAAGAAAGGGAGACUGAAUCCUGGAUCCACGUACCGAAUUGUCGCCGACGUCAUCUACCCUGACAAACAGGAGAGCGGGUCUGCUAUCGACAUCAAUGUCAGUGCCGGUAUUAGGAACUGCGAGCUGCUAACAGCCGACUACACAGCAUACAGCAAGAUAUUCCUUGACACUGAGAACUGCGAGAGUAUUGAAGCUCUCACAUACCAGUACUUCUACAACACGGGACCUGGCGACAGUGACUUGACGUUCAUUAACAACGGCAAGAGAAUCGAGCUUCCUGGUCCCGUAGCAACCACUGGAUACGGAAUCAACUUUGCAGUCAAGGUGAGUGGCGUGGAAACGGGAGAGUGGGAGCUGUUCCACAAGACCGUGACUGUUCAGCCUGUGAGUGCAGAGGGCAAGGCAGCAGCCAAGCUGGACCUGGAAGAGGAGGUGCAGGACCAACUCAAAGCCGGAUCGAAAGACGACGCCGCGUCACUGGCGGCGACAGUGUUGACAGGAUUCACGUCUGAAGACACAGCAACCCGCCGAAAGAGGAGCGUUGACACUGACCUCAUCCAGGUGAUCUUGGACGCUGCGGCUAACAUCAUCAGCACCAAGGACGAAGGCAUAGACCUCGCAAGUGUACGAAUGGUGCUGACUUCUCUCGACGCAUUGCAGUAUUCAGACCUAGCAACUGGAGACAAGCAGAAGUUUGUUGAGUACAUGGGGGGACUUGUUGAGAUUUUAAUUUCUGAAGAUGAACGGUUGCCGAGUCAGCUACCCCAGAAGAUGGCCGUGUUGGUGAGUGAGGCUAAGGCGGACGGUGUUGUUACUGAAGGUGCGAUCACUGCCCUUGGGAAAGCGUUAGAAAUGGGGUUGAACAGCGGCCUAAAUCUUGGCGAUGAAGUGGUGAACACAUUCCCUGACAAAGACGUGAAGACUGCCAAGGUCUCUGCGAGUGUGGCCGUUAUCUCGGGAAAAGACGGAACCAAUGACGUGAAGCUGAUGCCCGGCCAGUCCUUCACUACAAGGUUUCCUGGUAGCGUCACGCUAAAGCUGGUAACUUAUGCUGAGGAAGUGGACAAUCUUUCCCCUGGGGAUAUGGCGGACAAAAGGACCAGCAGCAUCUUCUCAGUGUCUGUGUACGACAGCACCACGGGUGUGGAGGACAGCAUAUCCAGCCUGACUGAAGAGGCAGUCAUCUGUCUACCAAAGACGCAGAACCUCCCAGGAUAUGAGAUCACGCCCAUGUAUUUUGACCACACCUCUAACCAAUGGGAGACAACUGGGGUGACGCUCAUGGCGACACUACCCCCAGUGUGUGAACUGGACAUGAUUGCUAUAAAGACGUCCCAUUUCACGGAGUUCUCAACGUUUGCAACUCAAGAUAUCAACGAGUGUAUCACCGGCGCACAUACCUGUGGUGAUUACGUUUGCACCAACACCGAUGGGAGCUUCACCUGCUCAUGUGGACCCGGCUUCACAGGCACAUACCCCACGUGUACAGCCGCCGGCCUCAGAUGUAGCUCCGCCCCCUGCAAUGGCGGCACCUGUGCAGAAUCUCCAGCCGACGUGUGCAGCAGCUGUCCGGCGAAACAGUUCGGGACGUACUGUGAAUAUAACAAGGGGACAUUCCAGUUCGAAUCGGAAACGUACAGUGUUGAUGAGAACGCUGGCACAGUCACUGUCAAGGUCACCCGGACCGGAGGCCAUGAUGGCAGCGCUAGCCUUGUCCUCAGCCUGCCCCAGUUGGGCGAUACUGCAUCACCUGCUAUUGACUACGAAAACAUACAUGGAAACACAUUGGAUUUCAUAAACGGGGAAACUUCCAAAUCAUUUACAAUAGGAAUUGUCGACGAUUCGUUUGUGAGAGCGGAUCAGAUCUUUGGUGUCACCUUCAGUUUGGGAAGUGAACAGUCAGGUUCAACCACGGUAACCAUCGUGGAUGACGACGAAGAGACGAACGAAUGCUUAUCAAAUCCCUGUGCAGUUGGUGAGCGAUGUGUUGAUACGGCUUCAUUUUACUCUUGCGAAUGUCCUCCUGGAUGGACUAGAGACAGCUCAUCCGUUUGUCAAUUUGACCCAACCAUAGACAGAUGCAACCCUAACCCCUGCAACGAGGGUUCGUGCUUCCUGAACGGCCCCGAGGCUGUGACUUGCCAGUGCCCUACUGAAUGGUCCGGGGACUAUUGUGACCAAGAUGUCAACGAAUGUACGGCAGGUACGGACAAUUGCCAUGCAGAUGCACAGUGCACAAACACCGCCGGAUCAUUCAGCUGCCAGUGUCAAGCAGGUGAUGUGGGCGACGGAAUCGUGUGUGUUGAUUACGACGAGUGCACCUAUGACAAUCCUUGCGGCGACAAUUCAGUGUGUAACAAUCUCGAUCCAUCGUUCACAUGUUCAUGUGCUGCAGGAUAUACUGGAGAUGGCUACACGUGUACAGGUAUAUCACUUUAUUUCUUUGCCAGUUGCUUUAUGUAG